GCUGUCCGAUAUUACCCUUACCACACCGUCGCUCCCCGGGAGGACGGGAGUGGAGAGAGGAAUUAAAUACCUCGGGAAUAUUGGGAAUAUAACAAACAGACAAAAUGCCUGAAGGAUUUCAAGUCGGCUGGUAUCGGUUCAUACCGUUCCUAGGAUACCACCAUGUCUUGAUGAUUUUAAUAGCAGUGUCGAUAAUAUUAUUAUCGCUCUUACUAGCAGGUUGCUCAUCCUCCUCACCCUUGAUCCCCGACAUCUUCCUUCUUUCUAUCUACUACGAGAAGUACACCGCUGUUCCCGACACGUCGCAGGUUGAUUAUAAUGUAAAUCAAGCCAUCAGCAACAUUGUCGGGUCCGCCCACCUGCAGGCGCGCGUCGGCUACUUCGGCAUCUGCAUCAACCCGGACGGCGGCGCCUGGCUAUGCAGCAACAAUGCCACGGCCCUUGCCAACGAGGUGGCGGUCGACCAAGACCCGCUGAACCUUAUCUGGCUCGCCAGCCAGUUCAAGGACAUGAUCGUGUUCCCCUACCUCAUCAUCAUCGCCAUCAUCUUCGCCUUCGUCUGCUUCCUGCUCUUGGCCACUUUCCCCGGCUGGCACGAGGAGGAGGACAGCGAAGGCUCUGACCGCGAGAUCAAGCCUUUCCCCAGCAGACCCGUGUCGCAGAUCGCGCUCGCAAUCAUCUUCAUCGCCUCCAUCUUCGUCCUCGUCUCGGUGCUGUGGCAGCACACGGCGUCUGUGGCCGCGUCCAUUAUAGCGCAAGACUUCGGCAACGGCAGCGUGUUAUCCGGGAUCGGCACGAGCGCCAUGGUCAUGGGCUGGUUCAGCUUCACGCUGCUCAUCAUUGUCACGAUCGGUCUGCUCGUCAUGAUAUUGAGUAUCCGGGUGCUCUCGCAACUAGCAGAUUAAGUUGGCUCUCCAACCAAUGUCUGCCUGCUUUUAAUGAAGAAAGAAAAACACACGAAAGGUUGCGGGUAAAAAAAAAAUCAAUUUGGGGUGGAUAAAAUACGGAAACGACGGAUAUGUGUAU